GCGCAGAGCUGAUUAAUGCACCCGCAGCCAGCCGAAGCAGACCAGCCUCGAUUCGUCAGUCCUGAACACACAUUUGACAAUAAUUCCCCAGAACCAGAAUGCGGGCCAGCCUCCUCCAUCCGCGACAGCCGGCGGCAGCAGCGCCGCCGCCGGGCAGCUGCAAUAACCUGAGCCUGCUGAGCAGCAGCAGGGCGGCUGGCAGUAGCCAGGGCCUGAGCCUGAGGGGCGGCAGUAGCAGCAGGGUCUUGAUGAACAGCAGCAGUAGCAGGGCGGGCUGCUGGGUAGGAUUGGGGCGGUUAUUCUCGAGCCGGGUGCUGCCGGCGGAGCGCUCGCCGCGGCUUGCGGUGUACGGCUUUGCGGAGAGGGAGGGGCGGUACAACAAGCGCCCGCGCAGCGUGAAGGCGCGGGCGGCGCAGCAGGCGACCUUCAAGAUGCAGCAGAUGCUGUUGCUGGAUGACCCUCGGAUCCUCAAGGCAGACACGGUGAGCGGCAAGUCGCAAUUUGCCAAGGGCUUCAACUCCAUCCAGCAGCAGUUUGUAAAGUGGGCCGAGGAGGAUUACGCGGCCCGUGACGCGGUGAACAAGAUAAACACCACCUUGCAGCAAGUCAAGGGACUCAAGACCUCCCGCAUCAUAAAGGCGGGGAGCGUGGGCCGCGGGACACAGGUCACCCGGGCGCACGACGUCGACCUGCUUGUGCCAGUCGGCGGCGAGUGGGGCGGCCACGACCUCAGUGACCUGACCACGUGGAAGAACGAGCCGUUGUUGGAGAACGUGCGCCGCGCCGUCAAGGACGAGCUGCAGCGGGCCAACCCCGAGUGGUCCGUGUCGAUCCACAACCUCGCCCACUACGGCCGCGUGCUGCUGGUUCGGCUGGGUGACGUGGAAGUGGACCUGCUGCUGAUACCCGACUGCGUCAAGGCGUCGCCGCCGCCGAGCAACACCGAGUGGACGCGACUGCAAUACCUGGCGGUGAUGGGGCCCGUGCUGGCACACCCCGACACCGCUGUGUACGACCAGGUCCGGGAGCGCGCCGCCUCUCCCGCCUGGAUCGAGUUCAUGGCCACCAUGCCACCAUAUGCUCAAGUCAAGGAUGUGGUGUGUCUCGUCAAGGGCCUGUACAAGCUGGGCGGUGUUGCGCCCGCAGCAGCAGACGACGACGACAGACGCAUUCGCUCCAUCGCACUCGAGGUCCUGGUGGUGGCGGCUCACCAGCGGCUGCGGCAGCGUUGGGAGGCAGAGGGGCGCAGGGAGUACGGCGGCAACACCUAUAAGCUGGACCUUUUCAUCGAGUUCCUACAGCUGGUGGUGGCGGCGGUGCGGAAGCGCGAGGUGGUGAUGGUGGACGCGGCGGGGCCGUGGGGCUGCAGCCCCGAGCUGGGCAUGCGCUGCCGCCGCAACUGGGAGCACGAUGCCAUCCACAUCAUCUGCCCCUGGGACCCCACCUGCAACCUGGAGCGGGCACGUAAGGACCGCGGCCCGGCGGACUGGGACGCCCUCGCGACAAUGGCGGAGGAGCUGCUGCAGCUCCUGCAACACCGAGGCGUCGGCACAGCCACCAAAACCAAAACCACCAAGAACAAAAACACCAAAAACACAAACACAAACACAACAUUUGCCGACUUCCUGCGGCAUUCGGUGGUGGCGGCGGCGCUCGAUCGCGCGACGGGCGGCGACGGCGGUGGCGGCAGCAGGGCUGGCGGCGGCAAUGAAGGCAAUGAGGGCGGGCGCGGCGGUUGGUCCCUGUUACGGCGCAUUGCCGAUGGCGGCGGCGGCGGCGGCGGCGGCCGGGGUUGGUCCUUUUAGUAAUGGCUGGGUGUGCGAUGGGACAGUCUGAAGGCAGGUUGGGGAAGUCCCGUAGGGUGCAGCUGAUUCCGGGAUCCCAGCAGAUGGCAAACGAUUUGCAAAGGCAGCAGGGGCCUUGUAAUGAUGGGAAUGGUACGUGGUAAACCUGGCCAAGCAGCAGCAGUAAGCAAUACCGUACAACCCCCCGCCCCCAUCAUGCAUAUUGUACCGAUGGUACGUAGGUAGCGCGUGAGGGCAUUAGGAGGACGGAGGAGGCGGCGGGGGCCUGGGGGGGGAUUCGUGGUACGGUAGUCGUGGCGUGCGUGUGUGUAGUGCCGGCUGAGCCGCAAGUAGGGCGGAAUGGACACCGAGGAACGUGGGAGAGGGGCGGCGGGGUCAGCAAGGCAGCGAGGCAGGGAAGUGGGGUACGAAGGUGGGAUGAGGGGCGGGGCCGUGUGCCGCAUUGGUUGCUGUCUCCUUGCUUCGCCGGGUGCGUGCGUGUGCGAUGAGCAGGGAGGGGGAGCGGCGGAUGCCUUGACUGGCGGGUGCCUCUGCGUGCUCAUGCGUGCUGCUGCGGUGCUAGUUGCAAUAUAGGAGCGAGCAGGCGGCGAUGGAGGGGGAACUGCAGGGUAACUUGAGCGGGUGAGGCGUAACCCUCAACUAUGGUUAAGUCAAUGAGUCAGCUGCUCACAUGUGGCUGCUCAUGCGAUGUAGGAGCGAGCAGGCGGCGAUGGAGGGCCGGAGGGAGAACUGCAUGGUGGCCUGAGUGGGCGAGACGUAAAGGACUCUUGCGUCAUGUUGUUACCUUGUUGGCUCAACGAACCCAGCCCACUAGACCCCAUGUACUCUCGUCCUGCUCUUGGUCCUGAGGUGCGGAGAAGCGCACUGUUUGAGUGAGGAUGAUGGCCUUAUGACGUAUGUGUGUGAAUGUGCUCAAUGGGC